AUGGCUGCCAAAGACAGCCAUGUCGUCCCGACGGCCACCUCGCUGGGAAAGGGAUCCGACAUGCUAGCGCCCGAUCCGCGCCACUCAUCCUCGCAGUCUCUCGCGCCCUCUACCGCCGACGAUGGGCAGGGUCGUCGUCGACGGACGCUGCUCCUCAUCUAUAUCCAUGGAUUCUACGGCAAUGAUCAGUCGUUCAGGUCGUUCCCCUAUCAUGUUCACACCUACCUCCGAUCAGCCCUGUCCGAAUCCCAUGUGAUUCACUCCAAGAUCUACCCGCGGUACAAGACGUACCGUGCCUUGGAGGUGGCCAGAGACAAUUUCAGCGCCUGGCUUCGGCCUCAUGAAGGACCAGAUACCGACGUCAUCCUCGUCGGCCACUCGAUGGGUGGCAUCUUGGCGGCUGACAUUGUCCUCAUGCCCAACAGGAACCCGUACGGCAGCCAGCAUCCAUACUUGCACCGGAUACUGGGCACAAUCUCGCUGGACUCGCCAUUCCUGGGGUUGCAUCCCGGCAUCGUCGUGUCGGGGAUAUCCAGUCUUUUCCAGUCUUCACCCGAGCAGCCGGCGGAAAAUCAAGAGGCAAGCUCUAGCAACACGGAUCUCCAACUCCAGGCAGCCUCGCCGUACGACAUGCCCCCAGACCGCCAGCCGACAGACCCCUUCUUCAACCAGCCAUUCUGGAACGACAACCCUUUCAAAGAGGCACCCUUUGUGAAGAGGCUGAUGAACUUUGCCAAGAAACACCGGUCAGAAGGCAUCGUCAAUGCCACGGCGAAACAUGUCCUCUCACAUCUCGAGUAUGGCGGCUGCUUGGCCGACUACCCAGGGUUGCGCCAGCGCUACAACCGGCUGCGAGAGCUCGAGGAUGUCGAUGAGCUUGAGCUGCAAGGACGACAGGGGCAUUCCAACAAGGCGAGGGUACGUUUUGUGAACUAUUAUACUCUAUCGAGCGGACGCAAGAAUGAGCCCAAGACGCCGGGCUCGGAGACACCAGCCGACAUCCUCACACCUGUGACAUCGACGGGCGACGACUCCUGGAGCCAGCAGGACACACGCACGUCCACAUCGAAUGUCAGCUUUACCACCAAGGAUCAGAGUGAUGCGGAAGAGGCAGCCGACAUAUCCUCACUUUCUUCCCGACAUAGUACCUCUAAGCAUUCUCGAGGCGACGAUGGCGAGACUGCGUCUCUGCAGACAGACUUGGAGUCCAUGUCUCUGCAGGAUCUCGAUCCAAUCCCCAUGAAAGACGACAACGCCACCGAGCGCGACAAGCACCUUGAUCUCGCGCCUAUCCCGCCCGUCCCCGAGAAACCAGAGGCACCCGACUUUGAGCAGUACACGGACAAGGACGCUCGAAAACAGGCCGAGCGGGAGUUCAAGAGGGUGCAGAAGAACUAUGCUACCGCGGUCAAGGACCGUAACAAGGCCAUCCGUGAGAGGAACAGCAUUCUCGAGAAGCGACGUAAGAAAGCCGAGAAGGAGGUUGAGCGCCAGAACAAGGAAGACGCCAAGGCGGCGGCGGCCGAGGUUGCCAAAGCCAAAUCCCAGGCUGCCGACGCAGCGGCCCUCCAACGAGCUGGAACGGAGCAACCUGCUGCUGCUGCUUCUUCAGCCCCCACUGCAGAUGUGUCUGCGUCGGCGUCCGUCUCGACAGAGUCCGCCGUCAAGGAUGCGGAGGCUGUCGAGGCCGCCAAGCCCAAAAAGUCCAAGAAGUUUUGCACCCUCCCCAAGUCGCACAACGGGCAGCCCGAUCCCACCUGGGUGGACAUUUACAUGGACGGCGUGGAUGAGGUCGGCGCCCACUGCGGGCUCUUUUUUCCAGGCGUGCACUACGACCGCCUGGUGGGCGACGUCGGCGAGCGGGUGAUCAGCUGGGUGCAGGACGACAUGACCAAGCGGAUGAUCCUCGACAUGGAGAGCGAAAUGCAGAGUCCGGCGGUAGACUGA